AUGAAGCUCCUGAGCACCAUCACCGCCGCCCUUGUGGCCAUGGCAUCCACCCAGCCAGCCAUGGCAGCGCCCCUACCGUCCGAAUCGUCGCAGAGUCUGCCCGGCGUGGUCAUCGGACUAGCCAUCGUCGAUAAAGGACCUAUAGACACAGCCUACGGCAUGAUAAACAUCUGCCUCAAGUCCAUCAAGAAGCCCGACGGCCCAAAGAACGGCGUCUGCGGCGACCGAACACUCGACUUGGCCGACGCCCUGAAAGAGUUCAGCCUCAGCGAGCGUGAGCUCAUAGCUGAUACAUUUCGCCUGCGGACUCUGGCAAUGUACAACCAGAAGAAGCACGUUCCCCGCGACGACCACGGCGCCGCCCUCGACAAACGCCACGAAAGCAACACUGCUGCCUCCCAGUUCGGUCCUGAGCUCUUUGAGACGAUGGUAAAUGUCCUUUGGGAUCUAAUUCAGGAAAUUAGGGGUAAAAGAUGA